AUGAGUUCGCGCCAAAAGGAACAAGUUGCCACUUCGCAUGGCAGCAAGAACAUUCCGUACAGCAUAUUUACCGAACGGUUUCUGUACGAAAAGGGGCUUAAUAGGCACCACAUUGAAUCAUUCAACGAUUUUGUAGAGCGGGAAAUAAAAACUGUUUUGCGAACAAAUAACUUCAUAGACUCUGAUGUGGAUUCAGCCUUUUACAUGAAAUACACAGACAUACGAGUUGAGCCACCAUCAGUUGAGGAGAAUAUGGUAAAAAGAUAUAUCACACCAGAGGAGUGCAGAAUACGUAACAUGACGUACUCUGGUGAUAUUGUGGUGGAUGUGGAGUACACCCGAGGAAAGGAUAUUAUUUCUUCAAGGAAUGUGGUGGUAGGAAAGAUGCCAAUUAUGCUUGGCAGUCGCCUCUCUCUUCGGCAGAAAGAGUUCAUGGAGAACCAAGUGGGGAUAGACACAAGCAACAUGCAGCGGAUCACAAAUCCCAUGUAUACCAGGCCAAAAAACGAGUGUCCGUAUGACAUUGGCGGGUACUUUAUUUGCAAGGGCGUUGAGAGGGUGCUUCUAAUGCAGGAGCAGUUGGCAAAGAAUAGAAUACUGAUUGAAACAGACUUUCGCGGUGAUCUAUGUGCAGUAGUGACCAGUUCUUCUCUGGAGAGAAAAAGUAAAACCAAGGUGGUUAUGAAAAAGAAACUGCUGUAUCUGUCGCACAACUCACUGACUGAAGACAUUCCACUGAACAUUGUUAUGAAGGGAAUGGGGGUCACCACAGACCUGGAGAUAGAUAUACUGAUUGGGCAGCCAGUGCAGAGCAUAGCUCAUAUAAGAACCGAGCUUGAGGCGCUUGCAUGGAUUGGCAGCCGUAUAAAGACUAGGUCUGGUGGGAUAGAUGAAGCCCGGCUGCUGCUCUGCGAUAUUAUUCUAGCACACAUACCAGGAACAGGGACUGACAUGCGCAGAAAGGCAGAAUAUUUAUCUGUAAUGGCACGGAUGCUUAUAGACACUGCUAAUGGAAACACAGACACACUGCAGAACGAUAAGGAUUUUGUUGGAAACAAGAGAAUAGAGCUAACUGGGCAAAUGCUUUCCCUGCUUUUUGAAGACCUUCUAAAGAGACUAAACACAGAAAUAAAGAAGGCUUUAGACCGAGUGCUGUGUAAGAGAGCAAGAGCACAGGAGCUAGAUGCUCUGCACUUUUUAGUGAUGAAUCGGGGGAUGAUUACAACGGGGCUACUUCGUGCAAUCUCCACUGGAUCGUGGUCUCUGAAGAGAUUUCGUAUGGAGCGGGCCGGGAUUACGCAGGUGCUCACACGUCUCAGCAGGCUUUCUGCAAUUGGAAUGUGCUCCCGAGUCUCUUCGCAGUUUGAGAAAACAAGAAAGGUCUCUGGGCCUAGAGCUCUGCACUGUUCGCAGUGGGGGGUGUUUUGUCCAGCAGAUACACCAGAAGGAGAGGCGUGUGGUCUUGUAAAGAGCCUUGCUAUGCUAACAGAAAUUACACCAGCAGAAAGCGAGGAGAGUGUUAUUUCUGCCCUUUCCUUUCUUGGGAUAGAGGACAUUUCUGUUAUUUCCACAGGAGAUAUGGAGAAAUCCAAGAAGUGCUGGGUGAAUGGUGUGAUUAUUGGUAUCUGCAGUGAUCCAGCCCGCAUGGCAUGCGAGCUCAGAAAAGUUCGGAGGAAUGGAAGCAUUCCCAGCACAGUGGGUAUCUGGGUAAACAACGAUUUGUUUAUCUCAACAGAAACGGGAAGGCUCACUCGUCCUCUUAUUAUUGUAGAGGAUGGCGAGCCAAAGCUAACACAGACUCAUAUAAGGCUGCUGAAAGAGGGGUAUAAAACUGUGAAUGAUUUGCUAAGAGAAGGGCUUAUUGAGUGCAUAGACCAGAAUGAAGCAAAAAACUCCUUAAUAGCAGUAUGGCGCACUGAAAUAACGCAGGACACAACCCAUUUGGAGAUAGACCCAGCUGCGAUUCUGGGGUAUGUAGCGGGGGUUAUUCCCUAUCCGCACCACAACCAGUCUCCGAGGAACACAUAUCAGUGCGCCAUGGGAAAGCAGGGGGUGGGAGUUACUGGAGUUGACCAAAGAAGGCGAAUGGAUGGCGCCAACUUCUUUAUGGUUAACCCGCAGCGACCUCUUGCAGCCACCCGAGGUAUGGAAAUAAUUAAAUAUAAUGAGCUACCAGCAGGCCAGAAUCUAACAAUUGCUGUGAUGAGUAUGUCUGGAUAUGAUAUAGAAGAUGCUCUUAUUCUUAACAAGGCAUCGAUUGAUCGGGGUAUUGGCCGUGCUCUGCUGUUUAAAACACAUGCUUUGUCUCUUCGGACGUAUCCAGGAGGCGCUGCAGACACUAUAGUUGGAGAUGGAAUACCUUCUCCUGGAAUGAAGGUCCAGGAAGGAAUUACAUUUAUUGAUAGAAGAACGCCAAUGGGUAGCAAGGCCGGCGCAGUGUACAGAGGGCUGGACAGCGCAUCAAUUGACAAAACAGCCAUUAUGCGCACAGGAGAUGAUUUAAUAACAAUAAAAGCCGUAGUGAAGGAGCACAGGAUUCCAAGAAUAGGAGACAAGUUCAGCAGUAGGCACGGGCAGAAAGGGGUGGUUGGUUUGAUUCUUCCGCAAGAGGACAUGCCCUUCAAUGAAAUGGGGAUUUCUCCGGACCUAGUCAUGAAUCCACACGGGUUUCCAUCAAGAAUGACAGUGGGCAAAAUUUUAGAGCUGGUCACGGGCAAAUCUAUUGCAAAUGGGUCAAAGAAGCUGACCCAGUACGCAGCCACAGCCUUUGGCGGAGUCAAGGCCCAAGACAUUGCAAAUGAGCUGAUCUCUCUUGGGUACAGUGAAACAGGAAAGGAAACUCUGAUAUGUGGUACUUCUGGGGAGCAGAUUCCAGUUAGGAUCUUCUUUGGCCCCGUCUUCUAUCAGAGAUUAAAGCAUAUGGUGACUGAUAAAAUGCACGCACGUGCUCGUGGGCCUAGGGCAGUUCUUACUCGGCAACCCACAGAAGGAAGAUGCCGAGACGGAGGGUUCCGUCUGGGAGAAAUGGAGAGAGACUGCUUAAUUGGCUACGGUGCAUCAGAAAUCCUGAUAGAAAGGCUUGUUAUCUCAUCGGACAAGUUUAUGGCGCAUGUGUGCAGUGGGUGUAAAUUAAUUAUCAGCCCAAGCGGCUGCCCUGGGUGCGGAAAGGGCACAGAAAUGCAGAAAAUACAAAUGCCAUAUGCGUGCAAGCUGCUCUUCCAAGAGCUCAUGGCUAUGAAGAUAGCCCCCAGAAUUAUAUUGAAAGAGUGAAAUAAAGA